AUGCAAUCGAGGGUUGUGGCAUCUGAAGAAGGAAAAUCAAGAGGGUUAUCACUGGGAUCAAUGCGUUUGUUUGUUGUUUUCAUUGCUCUAUGUGUUGUGUUUUCUGUGAUAAGCAUAUAUAGUAUUAAGCAUUUUGGAAUUAAGAGUGUGGUUACUACAAUGAGUUCAACUUUUCAGCCAUGUGUUGAGGAACAUGGUGGUUUGGAACAAUGGAUUAAACCUCCUUCGAAUCUGAUCCAUAAUAUGAGUGAUAGUGAACUUCUUUGGAGAGCUUCUUUGGUUCCUAAGAUUAAAAAUUACCCUUUUCGAAGAGUUCCAAAGAUUGCUUUUAUGUUUCUUACUAAAGGGCCAUUGCCUCUUGCACCUCUUUGGGAGAGGUUUCUCAAAGGGCAUCAGAGUCUGUAUACAGUUUAUAUUCAUCCAUUUCCUUCUUAUCAAGCUCAUUUUCCUCCUUCAUCUGCUUUUUAUAAGAGGCAAAUCCCUAGCCAGAUUGCUGAGUGGGGAAAAAUGAGCAUGUGCGACGCCGAAAGAAGACUAGUUGCCAAUGCACUACUCGACAUCUCCAACGAGUGGUUUGUACUACUGUCUGAAUCAUGCAUCCCUCUCUACAAAUUCAAUACAGUCUACUACUACUUGUUGAAAUCCAAAUUCAGCUUCGUCGGCGCAUUUGACGAUCCCGGUCCAUACGGAAGAGGACGCUACAACCCAAACAUGGCUCCUCUAGUAGACAUUACAAAAUGGCGUAAAGGCUCUCAAUGGUUCGAAGUAAACCGAAAGCUCGCAGUCAGCAUUGUGGAAGACACCGCGUUUUAUCCCAAGUUCGAACAAUACUGUAGACCGGCUUGUUACGUUGACGAGCACUAUUUUCCAACCAUGUUAACAAUUCAAGCAGGGAGAGCAUUGGCGAACCGGAGCAUAACUUGGGUGGAUUGGUCGAGAGGCGGGGCCCACCCGGCUACAUUUGGAAAAUCGGAUAUUACGAAGGAGUUUUUCGAUAGAGUUCUUGGAAAUCAAAACUGCAUAUAUAAUAAUAGAAACUCUUCAAUUUGUGUUCUUUUUGCUAGAAAAUUUGCUCCUAGUGCUUUGGAACCUUUGUUAGAUAUGGUGAAUUCAAAAGUCUUAGACUUCUGA